AUGCUUUCAAUCCUUCUUGCAGCGGCGCCUCUAGCCUCGCUCGUGUGUGCAUCUUUCGAUGGCAACCUGAACUACCACUCGCCUUCUCGCCGACACGAAGGCCUUGGCAUCGAUGUGCCGAAGGUCGCGAAGAGAAGCCUCAUUAAGCGGGCGACUCCGUGGGAUCCGGCCCAGCUAAGCUUCACGCACGGCGUCGCCUCUGGAGAUCCUUAUCCCGACUCAGUCAUUCUCUGGACACGCAUUGCGCCAUCUCUCGAGAACGACAGAUCGAACGUGACUGUUACGGGUAAUGUAGCUUUCUACAACCAUGAGACGGAGAAGUACAUCAAGGCCUCACCAAACCCCAUUUGCGUGGACUACCGCGUUGGUACCGACGGCAACUUCUCCAGCAUCGUCGAUCAAGGCCAAGCAUACACCACUUCCGACAUCGACUUCACCGUCAAGAUUGAAGCGAAGAACCUGUCCCCAUUCACCCAGUACUACUACCAGUUCAACGUUUGUGGUAGCUCCAACAAGAGCCCACUCGGCAGGACCAAGACCAGCCCCGACGAAGACGACGAUGUUUCCAAAGUUGGUCUUGCUAUCUUCUCCUGUUCCAACUGGCAGAAUGGCUACUUCAACGCGUACGGCAAUGCUGCUAGGAAAGAUCAAGUUGACUUCUUCGUAAGUAUGAUGAUUACGCGCAUUUGUGACACUGCUAACCUGGAGAUGAAGGUUCAUCUUGGUGAUUACAUCUAUGAGUCCACCAAGGGCAAGCUCGGCCAAGACCCGCGCGCCACGAAUCCGUCGCGGGAGAUCAUCACACUUUACGACUACCGAACGAGGAUUGGUCAGUAUCGCACUGAUGACGACCUUCGCCUUGCUCACCAGAACUUUGCUUGGAUUCCAACAUGGGAUGAUCAUGAGGUUGCAAACAACGGUUAUCGCGAUGGCUUUAGCGGCAUGAACAACACUGAACAAAGCUUCAAGAAGUUCGGAGGAGUGAGCGUUGAUUCCAGGAAGAUGAACGCUGUUCGCGCCUACUUCGAGUGGAUGCCCAUUCGCCAGGUCGACAUGGAUGACAAUCUCCGCAUCUGGCGCAACUUCAAGAUGGGCAAACUCUUCGACCUGAUCAUGCUCGACACUCGCAACUACGAUCGAUCUAUCACAACCCUCAACUGGAACGACGAAUACAUCGAGGAUCUCAAGGACGAUGCUGGCCGCUCGCUCAUGGGUAGCCGCCAGGAAAACUGGUUCUACAACCAGCUAUCCGAGUCGCAUGAACGCGGUGCUACCUGGAGGAUCAUCGGUAACCAGAUCAUCUUCUCCCGAAUGAAUAACAGCGCAGUGUACAGCAACGAGCUGAACGCCGAUCAGUGGGACGGGUACACCGCCAACCGCAACCGCACUCUUCAUCACCUUUACAGCAACGAGAUCCCGAACACUGCCUUCUUGGCUGGCGAUUCUCAUGCCAACUGGGUGUCUGAUCUUGUCUGGCUCGACGAGACCCCAUACGACCAGGCGACUGGUGCUGGUGCCAUCGGCGUCGAGUUCGCUGGCACGGCCGUUUCAUCCAGCGGUUAUGGCGCUGGUAGGUCUAUUGCGAAUUCAAGUGACCGAUCAGCAGCGCUCGUGCGUGAUAACCGGGAGCUUCAGUGGACUGAAGGCUACUACAGAGGGUACUACGAGCUGUUCAUCUCUCCUGAGGAGCUCAAUGCGCAGUACUACGGCUCUCCAUCCGUCGCAUCUCGCAACCCCUUCGAUAUCAGCCUUGCGAACUUCACCGUCAAGGUUGGUGCCAACCAUCUAGAGAGGACGAACGGAACUGUAGUCGCUGCAGGCGGUCAUGUCGAGAGUGGGGCGCUUCAACGUGGUCCCACAGCCCCAACUAACCUGACGCUCAACACCGUUACUGGGGUCUGGAACGUAACUAGCUUUGAGCAGAUGUUUGUCACAUACGCGUAA